AUGACGUCUCCUGCAAAAUCGUUGAGUGUACAGGAAAGUGCCGAUGAAUCGGUCUGUAUGCACAAAAAAAUAAAACCUGGAGUUUAUGAAAGUGUUGCGGACUUCUGGUUUGAGAUUGAGAUGUUCGUGAAGUUUAUUGGAGCAUUAAACACCAGCAGUUGGUACAUCCUCAACGUGCACAAGGUCAAAGGAGAUGAAACUGUCUCAAAGUAAGUUUUAUUUAUUAUAUUAUUUACUUGAAUACCCGAUAUUUGAUCUAAUUGUUGGAAUGGCUGACAUUACUACAUGCACGCAUGAAACCAUCACUUCUACAGUAUAUCACAAUAUCAUGCAUAUUAUUGUGCCGAGGGCGUCAUGUUGCCCUUUUCAGCUUUUGUUUGAGCUUGUGUUACUUAUUUACAAUUUUCGUCAUGGUAUAUAAAAGUACGUAAAAAUUUAAACAUAUAAAAUUGAUAAACAGUCGCUUCUCGUUCGCACAUACUUAUGCUUUGCAUUCUGUAUAUUCACGCACGCAACAUAAGCAUACAUACAUGAUUCAAACUUAUUCAGUUCUAAUAAAUAUAAAUGAAAUCUUAGAAACAAAGUUUACAUAUAUUCAUGUAGUGGCAACAACAAUCUCAGAUUAUUGACACGUUCCUUGUUAUAUCCACGUUCUAACAGAAAAUGUGUCUUGACAUGCCAAGAAAUGGACUCGGCAAAGAAGUUCAAGGGCUCGUUGAAUUGUGCCCUAGCUGAUUGUGGAGGCUUGUUUUGGGAGAAUGUUAACAAUUCUCAAAUCCAAGCUCUACUUAGAGACAUGACCAAACAGUACUUCAUCACAGGAGGAAAAACUUACACAGCUGUUACCGCAGUGGGACGACAACCUUCGCAGGAUGCAAUUGUGGAUCCCCGAGAUCCAGAGUACAACCACAACCCAGAGGAGGACAUAUAUGUUUUUAAUGAGUCAGUGCAGGUAUGUUAUUUGAUUGCUGCAAGGUUAUUUGCAUAAUAGUGUUGAUUAUAAUGUUUUAUAAUAUUUCAUUGCGUUUUCCACCCUCGGUCGCAGGGCUUUAUGUGAAUUUCCCAAUCUCGUUCCCCGAGCCUGCAAUCCUCGGAAGGAACAUGAGGCUCCAGGGUAAUCCGUUUCAGGGAGGAAUCCGAUUGUCCGUUGAUAUAGAAUGCGCAGUUCAAUCUUAGCCAGGAUUCCUGGCUUCCGGCAACGGAUUAUUCCAGAGCCUCACGUUCCUUCCCAAGGAUCGCAAGCUCGAGUAACGAGAUUGGUGAAUUUCCUUGAUAUGUGAUGAUGUAAUUUCUUUUAAAUUUCGCCAACGUCGUACCCAGGGAUCUCACAGAGAUUUACAUUUUCCCGCGUAAUUUGUGAUUUUCUGCACGCCAAUAAAUGCUUGUGUCUAAACAUGUAUAUGAUAUCUAUUUCUUAAUUAAUUGCAAAGUAAUGUAUGAUAAGUUUCUAAAAACACUUUAGUGUUAAUAGACAACAGUUUCACAGCAUUAAUAAAACAGCAAUAUUGUAUAUAAUUAUGUACGCUAUGGUAAUUUUUUACUGGGUCUCAGUUUGUGUAUUUAGCGAAAAUAAACAAAAAAUCAUAAAAAAAUAAGUAUGGCCUUGAUUAUUACCAUUCAAGUUUUAUAUGAUUUAUCAAAGGAGAUUCUAAAAGUUGACCUACUCUUGGUUGUCAUGGCAACGAUCACGUGUUGUAUAUUUCGAAAAACAACACAAAAAAUGAUACUUUUUAUUCAGAGGCUCUGCAGCAGUAUAUUUCGUGACUGAGAGGAUGCAGAAUUGUGAUAAUCAUUCACACAUAAUAUCACUGUUUAUUGAAUAAAUUCGGAAAGUUUACAUUUAGGCUUCGUUUCAUUAUUUUAUGCGGCUAUAUUACGAUGAUCGGCAUCAAACGAAUGUUCAUCGCGUCAUUAAAUGUUAUCUACAAAUAAAUGUACGGUUUCCAAAUUAACGCAGGAAAGUUUGUUCCCUUGUUAAUGUUUUUAGCUAACAAACAUAGCAAAAUUUCGUCAAAUUACCCUGCUGCAAGUCGAACACGUUUUUCACGUGAUGAAUUUCACACGCCAUAAUGAAACAGUCUGCCGCUUAUUGUAAGGGAUAUUAUAUUUCCAAUAACAACAUUCAUUGCGCAUUCAAGCUGAUAUCAGUUGAAGCAUAGUUAAUGCUUGAAGGGAAGUAUGCCAUGGUGGAAAAGACCGAGUGAACUAUAUGUGCUAUUAAUUUGUAAUUCACAAGCUAUUUUUCAUUGAAAAUAAGAGACAGUCAACAAUUAAUACUAAAUAAUUGCAAGAUAGUGCACUAUAAGAAGCUUUUAUUUAUCAGCAGUUCAAAGGUCAGCUGUCGCAAAUGAUACAAUACUUAUUGCUAUACAAAGAGCCAAUUAUUACAUCAAAACUGAAUAGUAUACCGACUUCUUUGCAUUGUAUAUUCCAAAAUAAUCCUGUUGCUCAUAUAUACUAUAUUUUGAUUUGAAGCAAACGCCCGAAUUCACUAAAAUACUCACACAAAGGGCGAAUAUUCUAAUAAUAAUCAUCCAAGCAUGGGCAGACCCAGGCAUUAACAUGCCUGACCCGUUCGGAACUUUUCGUUAACUCUCACUUGCUGUUCGGUACUUUUCGUGCCAUAUUGUUAUUUUUAUUUAUUAUAUAUUUACGUUUUUAUGAGUAAACUUUAAUAUUUACAUGUGUUUAUAGGUUAUUUGGUUAGUUAAGAGCAAUUAAGUCAAGUCAUGUAUGAGGCCACCACUUAAAUUUCCUUGUUGACAACUCAUUGCUUAGUUAAAAUUAUGGCCUCUAUUGCCACCCGGCGUUAAAACAACACAAAUUGCUCUGUCAGUUCGGCUUUCAAACUUAAUUUUCGAGACAACAACUUCUAAAAAAUCUAUCUAUUUACAGAAUUCAAUACAUUAAGUUAAGAGUUCUAUAUAUUUUAUUCAGACAGGCACACACACGCACUGCAUGUAAUGUAGGGCCUUAUAUAGUAUAUAGUUUUUCGCAGUGUAUAUGUUUUAAACUCGAAAUUGAAUAUCGUCUGAUCAUAUCGAAAUUGAAUAUCGUCACUAUAAUCUGAUUUGUUUGCCACCAUAUUACUUUUAUUACAUCAUGAUUUUGCAAGAAUUCAUCAAGUGCCUGUGGUUUGUGGAAAUAUGAGUAUCAUUUUUCUGAUCAUAUCAAAAUUGAAUAUCGUCACUAUAGUCUGAUUUGUUUGCCACCAUAUUACUUUGAUUACAUCAUGAUUUUGCGAGAAUUCAUUAAGUGCCUGUGGUUUCUGGAAAUAUGAGUAUCAUUUUGGACUCUGAUUAGUCUUGAAAUAUUUGAGACUCGGACUCGAAAAUUUUGAAAUUGAAAUUUUGCUAAGACUCGAAUGUAUAUAGGACUCGGACUUGUAAGUUGUGGAUUUGACUACAACACAGGUAAAUAUUGCUUCAUAUUUUAACUCUUUUCGUUCUUUACAGAUGCAUGCCCCGCUCCUAUGGUAAUAGGUUUCCCUAGUUCGGGGAAAGUCCACGAAAAUUGCGAAAAUGUUCUGAUCCAAAAUGGAAUCGCUAGCAACCGGGGAGGUGAUUCAAUCACUUCUAAAGAAGACAACCAUACCCUUUGUGCUGGGAUGACCCCAAAUAUGCCUCAACUGUGACAUCUGUCCUCUCUGGAUCAUUUGAUUCUAAGGGGAAAAGAACAAAAGGAAGCGGGAAAGAGGUACCAUUGACCAAUGUGAUUUUGGUGGCCAAUUUUGAAAUGGACGAUGACCUGAGGUAAGCAGCAUGUAAAACACCUAUGCCUGUAUUCUAAAAGCUUGCUCACGCUCACACUCAAAAGAGUGGAGGUUCAAUCUGAGCUCCCCUUGAGAGUCAGUGCAGUUUUUGAAUAGCUGGGGGGUGAGUAGUCACAUAUUAUGGAACGACACCAACCCUCCAGCUAUUCAAAAACAGCAUUGACAAUCAAGGGAAGCUCAGAUUGAGCCUCUACUCUUUGAGUGUGAGUGAGCUUUUAGAAUACAGGGUUUAGCCUUGGCUAUUUGUUUGUAAACUUAAUGCUAUGUAUAAAUGAACUUAAUUACUUCUCUCAAUACAAAUAUGGUCCUAUAUAUACUCCUCCUAUAUUGUGUAGAUCCUUUGAAAGAAUUGUGCCUGUUAUGUAUCUCAUGUCUGAGUCUCCUGACGACGCAGGAAAAUACCGGGGUCAAAAAGACGCACUUUUCAGUAUAGCAACCACUGCCUCGAUUCCAUCAAUAAUAGGAAUGGGCUCAAAGUUUGUACAAAACAAGACCCUUGUGGAUGAUCAAGUCAACUUCUUUAAACGAAAAUGUCCCACUUUGCCACCACGAGCCCACAAACUCUACUGUUAUUACAAGGCUAUUGUACACACGGUAUUAAAUUAA